AUGACUAGUCAUUUUUCUAAUUCCCUUAUUUUACCAGAAUCUAAUUAUUUCCCCGAGAAAAAACUUAGACAGAUCGAAGUUCCGUUUGUUCACAUUGAUAGAAUUAUUCUGUUUAAGUCGAUAUCUUGGCUUACCUUGAAGCCUAUUACAACAUUAAACUCUCCGGACAAGGAUGGUUGUUAUUCUAUGAAAUUGAUACAAUUAACAACCGAAAAUCGCUUAUGUAGUAGAUAA